AUGGACAGACAUGAAAAUGGGACACAACGUGAUCGCCUUUUAGCUGAAAAUAACCAAGAUUCCGAUGUUAAAAACAAGUCUUCAUGCUGUUCUUUGACUCCAAGCUGGAUAAAGACGUUUUUAAUUUUCUUUACACUCAUCAUAAUGGCAAUUGCCCUUGCUUUCAUUGGACUCGGCAUUUAUUUUUCGAUCAUAAGAAAUCCAUUACUUCCUGUUUUAAUGGGAGAAACGGUUUAUAUAAAUACUUAUCUCUUCAUUGGUCUUGGCAUAUUGCUUGUUCUUGUUUGUAUUUUUGGAUUCGUCGCAAUAUCAAAGAAUAGUCCACCAAUGUUGAAACUGUAUGCCAUUGUCUUGGCCAUCGCGCUCAUAUUACAUCUCUGUGUUGCUACUGCAGCCUUACUUUAUUACCAUUUUGGAAUGCAAUGGAAUGCCGAAGCACUCUCUAACAUAAUGAAAAACGAAUAUCACUUGCAAGAUAACGAUGUCACUCGGGCGGUUGAUGAGCUCCAAAAGCAGUACAAAUGCUGUGGUUCCCGGAAUUAUCAUGAUUGGCAAUGGUCCGGAUUCGAAAAUAAUUCUAAAUUGGUAACUAGGGAGAACUCCAGUAAGCCUUCAAUUGUUCCCAACUCUUGUUGUAUUGGAUUUUAUCCAGAAUGCGGGAAACUUACUCAUCCUUCAAAUAUUUACUACAAGUACCCUGUUGAAGUCAAAUAUUAA